AUGAAUUCCUGUUUCAAAUCGUGUCCCAAAUAUACAUGUGCUUUUACAUGGGAUCCCAUGUGGAUUCUUACGUGGGAUCUGGGAUUUUAUACAGGUUUUUGUAUAAGAACCCACGGAUUUUCAGUAGGGACCAAAAAUGAAGAAACGCUGAAGAAGACAAGGGCUCGGAGAUGUAAAAAAUUAUCCUCAAACGAUAAAAAUGAAGGCGAAUAUAGUUUUAAAAAAACAUUUAUACCACUGGCAUCGCGGGAAACGAAUAAAGUUCCCAAUGACGAACAGCAAGAAAGGAACAGUUCUUCAUCACUUUCUAAAAAUUGUCAACCGGUUUUAAAUUCAAAUGCAUCAACUGCAACAGAAUCAUCUUCAACCGAAACGCAUUCAGAAACUUUAACAGCAGGGCAACUUCAAAAUCAAAAGCCAUCAACUUCAGCAGAAUCGCCUUCAACUGGAACGGUUUCAGGAAAUUCAGCACCAGGGGAAGCUUUAAAUGAAACAACCGGUAGCAGUAUGGAAAAGAAGAGGAACCAUAAAACGGCAUUUGAAAAUCAAGAAGAAGAUUUUGGAAACCAUCUCGGCCUUGAAAAACGUGGGGAAACAUAUUAAUGCCAGUCUGACAGUUUCCGCUUUACUACAAAAAGUUUUGACAUUUAGUAUGGGUCGUAAAUUUUGUUUUGGUAGAAAAAAUAAAACUAAAUUUGUGUUUAGAAACACAGAACUAUAUAAUGUUGUUUCCUCUGCUUCCGAAGAGAUUCUAAUAGGAGAGACAGAUCUUUCAAGAGACGGCUUCAUAAAAUCGUGGCUCUCAAAUUGUAAAAUUCGGGAUGAACGAAGUGAAAAAAACACAGGGAUAGAGGCGGUCCGAAUUGAUUUGAGUUAAGAAGAAAUUUUACAUUGAAGUAUUUUUUUAUUUAAAAGAAGUUCGGGGCCCAAUUUCAAACUAUCCUCCAAGGAUCGGGCAUCGAAUUGCUUUCUUGAGAGUCCCUUUCUUCAGAUCGCGUCACAAUUUAUGUUUAGAGGCCUUGGAUCAUGUAACACCAUUACUAUGGUCGAAUUGUGUUAGACAUGCUGAAGCGGAAGAAGAGAAAUCAAGAAAAACAGAUCAAUGUGUUGAAGCGUAAAUUGAAUCUCUUAUUAUUAACACUGCUAAUGAUAGUGAUGAUGAUCAAGAAAGUUCAUCCUCAAAUAAUUCAGAAGAGGAAUUGUUAAAAGAGAUGUACUCUUGCGGCCAAGAGAGUUUCAGGUAUACAUAAUUUAUUGUCAAUAUAAUGAGUCAAAGCGAUCACUACUUCUAUCCAAAAAAGAGAAAUGGAGAAUAAAGCUAUAAGAGGAAGAAAUAAAAA